GAGGAUUAUACAGUAUGAGGGUAAUAACUGAUAAACUGUUUGCUUGGUGUUGUACAAUGGAAAAUGCAAACCAAGAUAAUGCUUCUUCCAGAGAAGGGUUACUUCUUAGGAUGGGUCUUAAUGAUAACAAAGCUGGAAUGCAAGGGCUGGAUAAAGAGAAGAUCAACAAAAUCAUAAUGGAAGCCUCCAAGGGUUCUAGAUUUUAUGAAAAUGAACUUAAGAAAGACCAACAAGUUAAUAAACGGAUUGAAAAAAUGCUGAAACUAAAAAGUAAAAUCACAGAUCAACAGAUUUUGAAAGCACAAUUGCAGAUGGAUAAACUUGCAAUUGAAUUGGAUCAGAAUCGUGACCUUAGUUGUACUAUUGUACACAUUGACAUGGAUGCCUUUUAUGCAGCUGUAGAAAUGAGAGACAAUCCUGAAUUAAGGGAUAAGCCCAUAGCAGUGGGUUCACUGAGUAUGCUGUCCACUUCAAAUUACCAUGCUAGAAGAUAUGGGGUACGUGCAGCUAUGCCUGGAUUUAUUGCAAAGAAACUUUGUCCACAUCUUAUUAUAGUACCAUUAAACUUUAAGAAAUAUGAAGAAGUAAGUAAACAGAUUAGGGAAAUACUAGCUGAAUAUGAUCCUCAAUUCAUGCCCAUGGGCCUUGAUGAAGCCUACUUGAACAUAACAGAGUAUUUAGAAGAACGGAACCACUGCUGUAAAAGAAAACAUCUCAGUACAUCCAAGUUUGGUCUAAAUGAAAAACAGAAUAUAAUUAUAUCUGAUGAAUCAAACUUGAGUGAAGAUAUGCAUUCCUGUUCACCAGUAUUGUUUGACAGUGACACUUUGAUUGAUAAGCAGACUAUUCAGCCAUCUUUGGCCGUAAAAGAACAGCAAUGCCAACAGUCAAGAGUUCAGUUAAAGUCAGUUGUCUUGGAAACAUCAGCUGAGGAAGUUGUAAAUGAAAUUCGUUUGAGAAUUGAACAAAAAACUGGGAUGACUGCCAGCGCUGGCAUUGCUCCAAACAUGAUGUUGGCAAAAAUGUGCAGUGAUAAAAAUAAACCUAAUGGCCAAUAUAGAAUCCCUCCAGAAAGAGAUGCUGUGAUGGACUUCAUCAAAAAUUUGGCUAUUAGAAAGGUACCAGGCAUAGGAAAAGUAACAGAGAAAAUGCUAAAAGCUUUGGAAAUAGUGACUUGCACAGAACUGUACCAGCAGAGAGCUCUGAUUUCUCUUCUGUUUUCUGAAACAUCCAGCCAUAAUUUUCUUGAAAUCUCUCUUGGUUUGGGUUCCACACAUUUGGAAAGGGACUGGGAAAGAAAAAGUAUGAGUACCGAAAGGACGUUUAAUGAAAUAAGUGCAUCAGAACAAUACAAGUUAUGUCAAGAACUCUGCAGUGACCUUGCUCAGGAUUUGAAAAAGGAAGGACUUAAAGCUAGAACCAUAACUUUAAAAUUGAAGAAUGUGAACUUUGAAGUGAAAACAAGAGCUAAUACAGUACUUUCUGCAGUUUCUACUGAAGAUGAAAUAUUUGCUAUUGCUAAAGAUUUGCUUAAAUCAGAAAUGGAGAUUGUGGCCCCAGAACCUUUACGUUUAAGAUUAAUGGGUAUAAGAGUAUCAGGUUUUUUAACUGAAGAAGAAAAAAAAUACCAUCAGAAGAGCAUUGUUAAUUUCUUAGGACCAGGAAAACAAGCCUGUGCUUUUAAGAAAGCUGUCAACAUUUUCCCAAAAGUAUCUGAAGGAGAAAGCUUUUUCAAUAAAAAGAGAGCUACAAGAGAGCAAACCAAUCAAGGGAUAUUUUUAAAUGAAUCUUCAAACAAGAAGAGUCUACCAGAUACAAUGUCAACAAUAACUUCAGGAGAACAAAGAAAGGAUGAUGAACAUCAGAUCUUUAUUUGCCCUAUUUGCUUUGAAGAGCAGCAAGAUAGCACUUUAGAAACAUUUAAUAGACAUAUUGAUAUGUGCCUUAGGGGAACAAAAGAAAAAGAAAAUGCAGAAAUUACAGAUAAUAGCAAAUCAUGGAAAAAUGAUCCUCCUGUGGAUGUGGGGGAAAAAGAAGAGAUAAAAGCUAAAAUAAGUAAACCACCAGUGAAUGAGCAGUCAAUAAAUAUACCUGAUUGUGAUUCUGCAAGUGGCAAAGAUGUUUUGCCUAAGUGCCUAGUUCAUAAACAGGAUGACAAUGGAUGCGGUCCUUCUAAUGCUUCGGUAUCUGAAAUGCAUGCUAAAGAUGAUUUAUCUUCUGGAGCCUUGUUAAUAGAUAAAGAAGAAUCAAAUUGCUCAGGAAGUAAUUUGCAAAGUUUUUCUGGCAUUACUGAAAAUGUUUUUGUUUGUCCAGUUUGCAACACAGAACAAAAAACAAAGGAUCUCACCUUGUUCAAUAGGCACGUGGAUGUUUGUUUGAACAAAGGCAUCAUUGAACAGUUGACAGAAAAAUCAGGUCAUGAAAUCUUAGAUAGAGGACAAUAUAAUACAAACUUUUCAGCAGGAACCAAAAGAUCUGGAACAAUAAUUCCCCAGUCAACAUCCAAAAAAGUCAAAUCAGGCAAUACUAGAUUCCAUCUUGAGUAUCUCCCUUGUGCCCAGGUGUCAGACAAAUUCAAAGAACAUGGAAGAGAUACAGAGAAAUGUAGUGAAGAUAAUCAAGAAAUCAGAAAAUGAGCCUUAAGAGGCGAAAUGGAAAUAGAGAGAAGAAAAUAUACUGUGUGAGUGGGAGGGAAUAAAUUCAGUUGCACUUUUGAAGUACCUGAAGGAUGUUACAUAGAAAACCCAAGAUCUAUGUAUCAGAAUGCAAGACAUGGAAUAAAUGAUCAAAAUUAUGGGAAUUCAGAUUCCUAUUAAAUGGUGGGAUAAUUUUCUACAGUAUUAAGAGCAGUUGAUUGAGGGAGUCAAUUACUAAGGGAUCUAGUGAAUUUGAACUCUCCUUUAAACAAAAGCUGGGGUUUAUUACUUUGAAAUCCUGCAUUGACACGAACUCCAUGGUCUAAAUGAGCCCGGCAACUUUGUGAUUCUUUGGAGUUGUAUGUUUUAAAAUAAUUUAAUUUGUAAUUUAUUCAAUGUAAUUUAUUUUGUGAAAUAAUUUUAAUCUAAGAUGCAUUUUCCUAAAACUUGUAGUACCAUUUUUUAAAAAAUUGUAAAACUCAAGAUAAAGAUUUUAGCAAAACAGCACAAAAUGUGUAAAAUAAAUACUC